CAGGAGGUCGAGCUUACCAAGCCUGACUGGCACAAAAGCGAAGAGGAGGAGGAGGAGGAGGAGGAGGAGCGUGAGGGCAAGUUGAUGGAUUUGAUUUGGGGAGAGUAUUUUUAGAAGGAGGACUGGAGACGAGAGAGAGAAAUGUUGAAAUCAGAAAUCGCGUGUUUGAGUGGAGGAGAGAAGAACUAGAGAGGAAGAAGAAGAAGAGAGCAUAAUGUAGAAAAAGGGGGAGAGAUGCUGAGAUCAGAUAGUGACAGAACAGAUUACCCCCGCUCUGGUUUCCCGCAGGAAAACUGCUGCGAGUGUGUGUGUGUCCGCGUGUGUGUCCGCGUGUGUGUGUGUGUGUGUGUGUCCGCGUGUGUGUGUGUGUGCCGUGAUGCUGGAAAGCAGGUCCGCUACAAGAUGAAGCCACCACACGAUUGAUUCCCUGCCGGACCCCCUGACAUCCAGGUGGGGGGGGGGGAGACCAGGAGCAGACCAGUCACAUCCCGACGAAGUCGAGGCAUCAAAAGUGCGAGACCGCAAAGUGGGACAAAAAAAAACAACUAGCGGUCGAGCAGCGGAGACUUUUUGCCAUUUCAGUUUUAAAGCUGAGAAGGAACUGAUUGACGCCAACGGACACGUCUAACUCGGGAGAAGAGAAGCCACAGCGCAGGAACAAGGCGAGCCCUCUACUGCAGCACACCAACAAGUCCCCUCCGCUGUCGUCUCAUUAUUUUAAUUACUUCCCUCUCUUCCAUUUGUGUGGAGGUUGUUUUUUCUUUCUUUCGUCCUCUCUGCUUAGCCCUUUGGUAUUUUGUAUUCUACCCUCCUCUCCCCCACCCUCCUCCUCUUGCCUCUGCUCGCUCUGUCUCAUCCUCUCGUGUUCACUGUCACACUAACUGCGGUGGACGUUGGAGUCACCCGUGUAGAAGCCGCCUUCCUCGGAGCACAUUUGCCCAGCUGAUUUAUUGGAUUGUUGGAUGAUUGAGACCAACAAGUAGCAGAUAGUGGGAGCUCCUGCUCCACCAGGAGAGGAGGACUUCGAAACGCACAGGUUUCCUUGAGGGCCCUUCUCGGUGUGCAGUGACCGCUGAGGCCGCAUGGGUCCUUCAUAUUCGUGAGGCCAAACAGACGUCCUGGUGCGGAUUACAGUAGUGGAUCUAUCCUGGAGCUACAUGUGGGCCACAGCCCCGGAGGCCUUGUUGGGAAAUGAAGCCUUUCCCGCGGCUGUAGGAGCGCUGUGGGCAGCCAUGGCCCUGGAGGGGCGCUGUCUCCGGCGGGGGUCCCCAGCCAUGCUCAGAAAGAGCUGUCAGCGGCAUCCGACGAGGCCAGCUCUGGCCCGGGUCACUUCCACUCUGCUGUCAAGGACACGCCUGCACGGCCUGAGGCAUGUCUGUUUCCCUGGCGGCUCGGUGGGCCGCAGGGCCUUCUGGCUGCUGGCCCUCUGCACCUCCCUGGGGCUGCUUUUAUCCUGGUCCUCCAACCGCCUCCUUCACUGGCUCUCCUUCCCCACACACACACGGGUCCACACCGAGUGGGCCAAGGAGCUGGCCUUCCCCACGGUCACGAUCUGCAACAACAACCCCAUCCGCCUCUACAAGCUCACCAAGAGCGACCUGUACUUCGCCGGCCACUGGCUGGGCCUGCUGCUGGCCAACCGGACGGUGAGGCCCAUGGUCCUGGACUUGCUGCAGGAGGACCGCCGGGCCUGGUUCAGGAAGCUGUCGGACUUCAGGCUCUUUCUGCCGCCCAGAAACUUUGAGGGCACCAACCUGGAGUUUAUGGACCGACUGAGCCACCAGCUGGAUGACAUGCUCCUGUCGUGCAAGUACAGAGGAGAGCCCUGCGGAGCUCACAACUUCUCCUCUGUGUUCACCAGGUACGGGAAGUGCUACGUGUUCAAUGCUGCGGAGGAAGGGAAGACGCUCCGCACCACCAUGAAGGGAGGGACAGGAAACGGCCUGGAGAUCAUGCUGGACAUCCAGCAGGACGAGUACCUGCCGGUGUGGGGCGACACAGAGGACACGGCCUUUGAGGCGGGCGUGCGGGUGCAAAUCCACAGCCAGGCGGAGCCGGCGUUUGUCCACGAGCUGGGCUUCGGCGUGGCCCCCGGCUUCCAGACCUUCGUCGCCACGCAGGAGCAGAGGCUGACCUACCUGCCUCCCCCGUGGGGAGAGUGCGAGUCCAAGGCUCUGGAGUCGGGCUUCUUCCAGGUCUACAGCGUGACCGCCUGCAGGAUCGACUGUGAGACGCGCUACAUCGUGGAGAACUGCAACUGCCGGAUGGUGCACAUGCCCGGUAACGCUCCGUACUGCACGCCCGAGCAGUACAAGGACUGUGCCGAGCCCGCCCUCGCCAAACUGUCGUCGGUGGAGAGCAGCAACUGCAUGUGCAGGACGCCGUGCAACAUGACCCGCUACAACAAGGAGCUGUCCAUGGUCAAAAUCCCCAGCAAGACGUCGGCCCGCUACCUGCAGAAGAAGUUCAACAAGACGGAGAAGUACAUCACGGACAACAUCUUGGUGUUGGACGUGUUCUUCGAGGCUCUGAACUACGAGACCAUCGAGCAGAAGAAGGCCUACGAGGUCGCCGGCUUGCUGGGAGACAUCGGAGGUCAGAUGGGUCUCUUCAUCGGCGCCAGCAUCCUCACCAUCCUCGAGCUGUUCGACUACGCCUACGAGGUGGUGAAGGACAGACUCCUGGAGUUGCUGAGCCGAGACGAUGAGGAGGAGAGUCACGGGGAGGAUGUGAGUUCCUGUGACCCAGUGGCGAACCACACGGAGUCCAUCAGCCACGCGGUGACCGUCCCCUUGCAGACGACGCUGGGCACCCUGGAGGAGAUUGCCUGCUGAGGCCCUCCCCCUUCCCCUCCGAGCCCAAAAACACAUCCAGAGGCUGCCUCCGCCGGGUGACGCCGCACCCUCCGUCGGGAGGCACCGCGCAGGAACUCAACAGGGGAGGGGAAGAGACGGAGACGGGGGCCGGGGGUCGGUCAGAGGACAACGCUCUGUCACACCCGCCUGUCUGAGGCACUAAUGGGGAUUAAGGAGCUGUCGGCCGGACUUAUCGGCCCCCUCCGUCACCCUGUGCCGGGCUGCAGAGGGAGGCCGGGCCUCCGCUGUGCCAGACCUGCAGUGGGGGUCUGAGUCUCCACACACACACACUGAACAUCACGGCCCACGGAGAGAGGGCUCAUCCCCGUGCAGCAUAUCUAUGUAACAGACACAUUCGUAUGCCGCUCACUGCCAAACGAACUGUACAAACAAGUUGGUGUUGAACUGUCCAAAUUUUGCAUGCGUCGAUCUCUGUUGCUCUCUUCUGCCGAUGCGUACGCUGCGCUUUACUGUACAUGUGCGCCGUCCGUCUCUCUUGUCCGCGGGGGACAGGGCCCCCCCCCGGGCGACGCGGGGCCCAGGUGAGACAUCCACCUUCGAAUGUACAGAUUGAACACGUGGUUCGCUUUGGAGUCAUCGUUCAGAAUGUGACCGAUUCCGUCGCGGGAAAAAAAUCGAACCCGAUGAACAGUGAACCAUGUCUCAGUGAGUCAUGUUGGGGUGGACGGGGUCGCUGAGGUAUGAGCAUCACUGAGGAGCAAAACACCUGUAAACAGGAUGGAGAUUGUGCAGCCUGCAUAUUUGUUUUUUCCACCUGUCAGUUUUGGUUUAUUCAGUUCACCGAAGGCAUGUUGGCUACAUGACUCACGGGAGGCUAAGCUCUCCUCCACAGACGUCUCUGACUAUGUGAAUUCAUCACUGGCUCCUGGCUCCCGCAGCAGCCCGGCUCAGCCCCGUUCACACCUGGCAUUAGCAUUAGCGUCUCCAGCGACCGCCGGUGAUCCCAUCCCACGUCCCUGCUCUACAUAGAGAGAGAGAAUGUGAUUCACACUGGAACGAUAAACCCGAGCUCCGAGUUCAGGAGCAUAAUGGAACGCAGGGUUCGAGCCUCCGUACAGUAUAUGAGGGCACCGGCGCUGCCCAGUGAGCCAACUGACGCCCUGUGUAAUUAGAUUUUGCACAUUUAAAAUAGUAAGAUAUAAAAAAAAAAAUCUAAAUGUUGGGAUUCCAUGUAAACGUUAAAUAUGAUUCCUCUUCGUUUUAAUACGGUGUGGAGCCGGGGGACGUCGGCCAGUGUGGCCUGUACUGCACGACACGUUUGCGACCUCCGUGCAUCCCGGGUGCGUUCACACCUCCACUCGAGAUCGGAUCACCGGCGGACGGAUGUUAAUGCCGUAGGUCUGAACGCAACCGGUCGAACUAAACUCCGCAGUGAAUGAAUAUGGCCCCGGGCCGCUAAUACCUAUACUCCAUUCGGAUGCUGUUUCAGGCAGCUACUAUAAUUUUUCAAUCACAGACGACAUCAAUUUCUCCUCGAAGGGAAAAUAAAUGUCGCGGCUUCACAAUAAAAAUAUAUAUUUUUUUUUUUACAAAAGCACCAUGAGGAGAGUUCAGCCAACCGAACCUUUUUUUUUUUUCUUCUUUUCUGAUUCAGCGUCUGCUGUGUGAUGGUGUAAAUAUUUGUGUGGGAGGUUUUUCUCUCUCUCUCUCUCUCUCUCUCUCUCUCAGAGAAGCGGGUACCACGCAGACAUGCCUGAAAUCUGAUUCAAAAGAAGUUCGGUUCAACUCCUCGGUCACACGUCGCCAUGCUGUCACUCUCAGUCGGUGGGAAUGUUCUUUUACAGGCUCGCGGCAUCUCGGAGAAGCGGCACGUCGCGAUGGACGCGGGGGACGCACUUUGCUCAGAGCACCAGUCGUCUCUCCCGACGCCGGUUGACCUGAGCCGCCGCUGUCCUCAGAAACAACAGUUACAUAUAAAUACUGUACGGCUUUACACCAAAAUCCUCGCGUGAGACCAUUUUGGACAAUUUCGUGUCUUUUUCUGAGUUCUCUGUUUUUUCCGAGCAUGGUCUCCGUCGUCGCGGUGACGUGGCAUCGCAGGUAGGAAGGAACCGCAGUGCUUUGUGGGACUGUGUUUGGUCUAUGAUUUCCCAUCUGUGGCUCGUACCUGCUGUCUCCGUGCGUUAUCUCAUGUUGUGGCUUCAGCUCGGCCGAGCUGCCGCGGCGCCAGACCGGCCGUUUCCUUCUCUCUACUUCGGCUUCACUUGUUACCGCAGAACGGCGUUUCCUUUCUCAUUGUGUGAUGCUGCAUUUUUCAGUGUGUGUUUUUAAUGUGAAACAAUUAAAUGAGAACAAGUUGUUUUGCAGCGUUGGCAGUGAAGAGUUCCAUUUUCUCGCACCCACCGACAGGAAAGACAAUUCAAAGUGCUUCAUGUGACGUGAUGAUGAGGCGACAGGUAAGAAGGCAAAUGACAAAAGGGAUUUUAAAUGAAGGCAAUGAAGAAAACAAGAUGGAGUCCACAGGCAGGUUCACGUCUCCGCACGUGAACAUCCCAUCGUCGGCGUCAGCUCUGAACACAAGCGGAGGUUUUACAGGUGUCGAAAUGCUAGUGUGGCUAAAAUGAAAAUCAAAAAGGAAUAAAAAUUAAAGAUGAAAAUAAAGGAAUUUAAGCAGAA